UUUGCUCGGGUUAAUAAUUGAACCUUUACUUUAUGUGAAGGUCGCACGCCUUUCUUCACAGCUCGCUGGUUUUUAAAUUGACCAGUACUAUAUAAGUGGAGGUACACCUGUAAGCGUCCUCUUUAUUUUAAAGGCAGCACGCCUGUAAAGAUCUAACAGACUCUGUUAAGAUUAUUUACUUAAACUUUAAUUUACCGACUCGGUAUUGAUAAAAAGUAAUUUGGUCGAGAUAUAAAAAUCCGACACUGAAUAAUGUCACGUUGUCAUAGUUUGAGUGACAGUGAGUCCGACUCGGACCACGAUAAUUUUGAUGAUGAACUUAAUGAUGAGCAAGUUUUAAAGCUUUUCGCAUCUGAAGAAGAAAUAGAUGCUUCUUUUUCUGGGUUUUCGACCCCACAGAAAAGCGGAGCUGAAACUGUGCACAUUCCGGAAGAACCGGAAGUUACACGCGAAAUGCAAAUGGCCGCUACACAAGCACCGGUCAAGUCUCCUGAGAAGAAUACCUCUAGAAAAGGAAAAAGUGUAAAGAAUAGCGGAAAGGGCAAGGCCCUUAAACGUAAAACUUCCGAAUCAGUUGAAAUACCCUCGGGUAGUAGAGUGACAGUAAGCCCUAUGAAAAAGAAAGCCAAACCAAAAGUACAAACAAAAACUACUAAACCAAAGGCUAAAAAAUCAAAAACUGACAAUACAGAACUGAUAAAAUCAUUAUUUCAAGGGUUGACAGAUACUUUGAGGUCCACCCUUACUGGGAACACACAGAGAGACAAUAGUCUGCAAAGAACUAGACAAAAUAAUGAGACAGCUAGGACUGAGAAUAUUCACAAUAAUCAGUAUUCUGACCAAGAAGAAGAGUCUGAUUAUCCUGUUUAUGAUACAUGUAACAAUAACAUUGAGAAUGGGAACUUUUCUAUCUUUAGUGAUGAUGGUAACUGUAAUGAUCAGAGUGAAGUCUCUUCAGAUGAGAAUAAUGAUUUUGAUUAUGAAUUGCCCCGUAUUUUCGAAGGCGAUGAAAGAUUUGGUGAAGAGGUAUGUGAAUCCAUCUCUAAAGUCUGUGAAAAUAUUUGUAAAAAGAAAACAGAUGUUUCGUCAAUGGUCAAUGAACUGAAGGUGCCCUCAAAUUGCAAGAGCCUUGUUGUGCCGCCAGUUAACCAAGAAAUAUGGCAAUUUUUAGACCGCAAGACAAAAUCAUCUGAUUUAGGUCUCCAGAAUCUUCAGAGACUUCUUGCAUACGGGAUGAUCCCUGUGAUAACUCUGGCAGGUAUUCUGAAAACUAAAAAACCUGACAUAAAGUUGAUGAGAGAAGCUGUGUCUAAAGCUAUGACUGUUCUUUGCAAUACUCAUUUUGAGUUGUCGGUUAAAAGGAAGCUAAUGCUCAAACCAUACAUAGACAGAAAAUUCCACCAGUUGUGUAACAAGAAUGAAGAAAUUGGUACCAAUCUUUUUGGUGAUGAAAUUGGAAAGAAGUUAAAUCAAAUUAAUGAAGUGAAUAAGAUAAACAAAAACAUCUCAGGGAGAAGUUAUAGUUACAGAGGUGGCAGAGGCCGAUACCCUUACAAUCAGUCACAAGGUCGUUUUUUAGGGAGACGAGGAUACUCCAGAGGACAUGGAAAUCAAAGGGUUCCAUACUCAAACAGAGGCCAAGGAAGAGGCUACGGCCAGAAAAAAUUCAACAAGUAUUAAAGUCAGAUCAGCAAGGUGUUGAUGAAGAUC